AUUGAAUUUUAAUAUCUCCGCAACAGCCAGAGUAAUAUAAAGGCUUUUACCUUUUAUUUGCAUUGUUCUCGGUGGUACAACUGUACCACGACUUAAAACACUUUGUUCUCGGUGGUACAACUGUACCACGACUUAAAACACAUUGUUCUCGGUGGUACAACUGUACCACGACUUAAAACACUUUUAGUCGCAACAUUAUUUAAGCAUUAUAAUCCACUUUAUUCAGUCCGCUUCAUCGGAAAUGACACAUUCCCUGUUCGUCAUGGACAGAGUUUAACAGGUCAAUCUUCCUCCAUCAAAUAUCGGUUGACAAACUGUGAAACAUUUCAAAUAUUGCAUUUAAAUUCGCAUUUAUAUGCAAAAUAAACAUGCAUAUGAUAAUGCUUUUUUGGAAUAUGGUAAGGUACAUCCACAUUAAUUUCGAACUGUUUGUAACUCUGUCUUAGAGAAGUAACUUAGUGUCCUUUAUCUUGCACGUGCAAGAUACGCUUCUCGAAGAAAAGCAUGCACUUGUUUAGGCAGGUUUAAAAAGUAAGCAUACUGUUAAUUCACAUGCUUUAGCGUUGAGAAAAUUUGGGCGAACAAAUCAACACACGAAUACUCAUUUAUAAAGUAUGUAGAUUAUAAAUUUAUAGAAUAUAUGGAUUUGAAAAUUAUUGCCAACGCGAAUAUUUCGACACCACAAUCGUUUUUUACGAGUCACAACGUGAAUAUUUCCACACAACAAUCGUUUUUUACGAGUCACAACGCGAAUAUUUCCACACUGCAAUCAUUUUUUACGAGUCACAACGCGAAUAUUUCCACUGCAAUCAUUGUUUACGAAUCACAACGCGAAUAUUUUCACACUGCAAUCAUCUUUUUACGAGUCACAACGCGAAUAUUUCCACACUGCAAUCAUUUGUUUACAAGUCACAACGCAAAUAUUUCCACACAACAAUUGUUUUUUACGAGUCACAACGCGAAUAUUUCCACACCGCAAUCAUUUUUUACGAGUCACAACGCGAAUAUUUCCACACCACAAUCGGUUUUUUACGAGUCACAACGCGAAUAUUCCCGCAAUUCAAUCAUUUCCGUACUGCAAUCAUUGUUUACGAGUCACAACGCGAAUAUUUCCACACUACAAUCAUUGUUUACGAGUAACAACGCGAAUAUAUCCACCCGCGAUAAUUUACAGUAAACAUUUAUAAGUUUACAUCUACUUUUAAUAAAAAGACGUAUACUUUGUUUUAAACUAUCGUUUUUAAACAAGCGACAGCGUUGCAAACUUGCAUGUUUAUGCAUCAAUCCGUCGUAUAAUUAUGUUCUUUUGUUUUGGUGACAGUGAAGGAAUCCACACUGACUACUGAACAGUGUGCAGCAACCCAAGCACACUGUGAAAAUUACUGUGCAUACGAAGUAAAAUAGUGCACGGAAGAUCUUGCUGUUUGUAAUACUAAAAAAUAUAGAUAAUGUAUAAUUUUAUCGUUAGCUGCGAAGCAGAUAUAUUUAACGGGACUUUAUUCAAAUUUUAAAAGUGUGAAUGGCAAUGGAAAAAUAAUAUGUGUAUAAAAGUGAAAGUCUAAUACGUAACUUAUGUUAGACUGCACGUCUGCCCUUUUAUGCAAUAUCUGAAAGUAGGUCAAAUUUACCUUGGUACAAUGGACUCUCCCUUCUGACCUCAAAACCAGUCAAUUUGACCGUUACGCUGCCGCGCGACCCUACUUAUUUUAAUAAUAAAAAAAAAUCAGAUAAGUGUACUUGUAUUAUCCGCAGGGUGUCGCGUAAAGAGCCCUCGAUUUGGCAUGACAUAUUCCAGGGAUGCAGAGAAGAUGUAUAUAUUGAAAGCGACACAUUGAAUUAUGAGGUUGUGUUUGGCUUUAAUUUGUUGUCAACGCGUUUGUCCUAGUCCUAGUUGAAGAAUUAACUGUUGCUAGGCUCCGGGUGUGACUAAUAAACUGUAACAGAAAUUGACAGCUAUCUAACCCACACAGGCAGUGUCGCCAGGUUGAUACCUUUUGCAUUUAGAUAAUUGCAUGACGUCACGGUAUGUAAUAUAGAUACGUCUCUUGUGACGUCACACAUUUGUUGCUCAGCUGCUUAGCAAUCGGCAAAGGCGGAGAUGAUCAGUCUUUCCCCUGAUAGUUACCUUUUAUAGUAAGUCUUAGAUUACCAUGAUGGAUAUCAGGUUAUUCUUGAUAUUUGCGGUAUUACUGAGCGCAAUGCAGCAAGGUCCUGCUGUAUAUCGGCACCUUACGUGCGUGGAGCCAGUCACAGGAUAUGCCCAAAGAUUGUUCCAUUAUUUCACCGCGACUGCAGUUGAGAAAGUAUGUCCAACGCCUGCGGGUCUGGCAUGGCGAAUUGGAAAUGAGGUAUUCUGGAUACUCCUCUGUGUGAUUCUAAGUGUGCUGUUGAGGUAUGCGCCGUCGGUUGGCGCCAGCGCCAAAGAGAAAUGGUCGGCCAUCGUUACAAUAGUCCACGAAUGGAGAACUCGUCCUUCCCAGUGUCGUUACUGUGGAACUGCUCCGUGUCAGGUGAAAAGACGAUCCUUAUGGAAACCGUCUGGAUAUCGUAAGAGGGACAAAGUAAAUUUUGCAGAGCGGUCAAAUGCCAUGAUGUUAUUCAAUUAUGGACUAGAGUUGUCCAUCGUACUGACCAAGGAACUGCCACAGGACGACCUGUAUUGGCAGAGGAAGUUCUGUCAGCGAUUUGGGGAGGAACACAUGGUGCUGUUCCCACUCUGCAUUCAGCGUCAUAUCAACUACUGGUACCCAAUCCCUCGCUAGAUUCAUCGUACCGAUCCAGGAGAAGAAUACCGAUGAUAGUCAAAUAUGGAAUCGAACUUUCCCGGUGGAUGUCAUUGCCUGAUUUGUGUGAUAAUGGCGUAUCAAACUCGUCCUCUAUUGAUUUGUGUGAUAAGGGCGUAUCAAACUCGUCCUCUAUUGAUGUGUGUGAUAAUGGCGUAUCAAACUCGUCCUCUAUUGAUUUGUGUGAUAAUGGCGUAUCGAACUCGUCCUCUAUUGAUGUGUGUGAUAAUGGCGUAUCGAACUCGUCCUCUAUUGAUGUGUGUGAUAAGGGCGUAUCAAACUCGUCCUCGAUUGAUGUGUGUGAUAAUGGCGUAUCAAACUCGUCCUCUAUUGAUGUGCCUUAUGUGUUUUUUGGUGCGUUUUCACGUGUGCAGAUAAAAAAUGGGAGCUAUCAUGACCAGUUCUAUUGGCUGGUCAUAAUUAGUGAAUCUUGACCGCUGGUGGCUUCACGAAGAAUUUUGUCCUCUGAUUGUUUAUAAUUUGUCUUAAGAAUUUUGCUGGUGUUGUCCAGUUGUUGUUAAGUUUAGAAAAUGUACUUUGUAUUUUUUUUAUUUGUCAGCCGUAACAUGUCUUAUCGUGGCUGUUAGAGGUAUAUAUUGUAUCGGUCAGUUCGAAGGUUCUUAUCUGGACCACUAUAAGUCUCGUGAAAACAAUUUGUCCGAUGUUUGUUAUGGUCAAACUGUGCAGAUAUUAAUCUCCCAUGUUUGUUGACCGCUAGUGGUCUCAUGUAGAUUGCGUCUUUGCUUGCAGUAUCGGUCAAAUCAAGACUUGUUGGGUUUUUACUGCUAGUGGCCAAAUGAACACUGCACCCUGUAUGCCUGCUGUAUCGGUCAGUUCUAUAUAACUGUCGGGUCUUGAUCGCUAAUGGUCACACGUAGAUUGUAUCCAUUCUUGGCAUGCCACUCAGGUUACUGGGUAUAAAAAGCUUUGGCUAUUUAGUAUUGGUCAGUUAAGUUUAGAAAAGCUUGUGAAACAAUGAAAUAAAAUAUCUUAAAAACA